AUGAUAUUAUCUUUUUUAGAAUUUAUCGAAGGUACUGUUCAUGCAUUAUUCAUCUUUCUUGCGUUACGUAACCGAUUGAGAAGAACGAAUAAAUAUAAUUAUUCAGUACGUGAAAUGAUUACUCUAAUGAUUAGACUUAGUUUGAGUCUUUGGUUUGAAAAAACAACAACAAUAACAAUUAAACAUGAAGCUAAUCCAUUUCAAUUGGCUUUUUAUCAUGUUAUUCCAUGGUCUAUUGUUGCUGCAAUCACAAUACCACUUUAA